AUGGCUGAAGUUUAUGGAAAGCCUACAACCACCAAAGAGGUGUAUUCUUCAAAAGUAAAAAGUUGGAAUGAGUGUAUUGCAGAAUGCUAUCAUGUACAAAGCUGUGUAGCCGCCUGGAAAAAUGGAUCAACAUGCUACACAUUUGACUAUUGGCUGAUGGAAACUAUAACUCAAACUAAGCAAAUAAACGGAUCAAUAGUGGCAUUCAAAAUAGAAAACAAGAGUAAAGAGUGCCCCAGUGGCAGUAAUCCACCAACUUUUGGGAACAAGAAUGCAACGGGCUCUCUCUACAUCGAUUAUGAUUCCAAAAUACCCCCAAUGUGGGUUCACUUCAACAUUUAUUAUACGGAAGGAACUUGGAAACUGAACUACGAAGAGGACAGGUUUUGCGGUGAAUACCAGUAUGAUGGCUUUGUUUCUCAUGCAGACUCAACAGUUUCGUGUUCUUUUGUUUGGUACAAUGAAUACACUACUGGGUACACCUAUGACGAAGUAAAAGAAACUUGUGACAAGUAUGCAUAUGACAUGGCUGGAUUUAAGUAUAAAGAGGACGUCGCGAUGUUUGUGGAAUCAGCGAAGAAGUAUCUGGGGAAAAUAAAAGACACAAAAGCUUAUGUGAGAGUCGAUGGAAUAAGGACAGCGGCAUGUCAAAAGACUCCAAAAACAGCAUAUUGUAUGUCUGAAAAGGGAUUCACAUUUACCGGACCAACUCCUGAUUUUUCACUUUACAAAUGGGUAACAAAUUCGAGUGCUCAACAUGUCAAAGGAGAAGAUUGUAUUGUAAUGAUUAUAGACGGAAAUGCUGCAGUCAAGAUGGACCUGUUAGCAUUCUUUUUAAUUUUUGUUAUUCUGGUAUUUUUGAAAGAUUCUGAGUUUUCUGAAUACGCUGAUCUUCAGACGUCCUGUAGUCAUGUAAUGGUUGAAGUUUGGGGAUCACCGAAAUCACUAAACAAUGCGAAAAGCUUUGGAAAAGCUCCAUGGAAUAAUUGUAUGCUGGUGUGCCAUGCUUAUGAUAAUUGCAUCGUUAGUUUUUGGAAGCGUGAUUCUUGA